CUCGUCGUGCAUUUCCUGCAUAUGUGUGGCUUUGGACUGGAGUUGCAUUUUCAGUCCGUCGCCCUACACACGCAGGCGCGCACGCACGCACGCAUACACACACACACACACACACACACACACACGUGUCUUGUCUUUUUCCCGGGGUGUUGCUGCUGAGUUUACUUUCUCAACUUUCUUACUGCCAAUAAUGAAUCGAGUGGAUUCCUCGCACGCGACAGGGCGCCUUUUCAAGAUGGUUUAAAACCAGGAUCAGAAUUAAAUCAUGGAUGGAUCAACAAACAGUCUGGAUGAUGUGUCGGCUGGAAGCAGCGCAGAGUUUCCAGACAGGCUCUCGCUUAUGGAAGUGCGGCUGCAGGCACAGGAAGAUGAGAUCACACUGCUCAAGUCCUCAUUGGCUGAUGCGUUGCGCAAGCUCCGCCUCCACGACCAACAGAUCCCGCUACUGAAGCAGCAGCUAAUUGCGAUGAACCCUGGUGUAGCUCGGGCGUUGAAUCAGUCCUUUUCUGUUGAUGGGUUCUCCAAACCCUACAGACACUCCACCAGUUCUCUGGACGGGCUGCACAACACAACUGACAGCCAUGUCUCAAACUCAUCUGAAAAUGGUGAGGGUAGUAGAGCUCACUUCAUCCCCAGCCUAAAAACAGUCACUAGUGAAAAGGCCACACAAACUGAACCUUGGAACCCUGAGCCUGAGAGGUCGCCUUUGGCUCUAAUCAAGACCUCUAAGAGUCUUUCUCUGGAGGACGCACUUCCCGAAGGGGUCUCGCUCAUGCAUGGGGCCCUGCACAAAGCUCAUCAGGAGAGUCAGGAGGAAGAAGACAGUGAAGAGAAGGACAAAAGCUGGCACUCUAAAUUAGAGGAGACUAUCCAGUGCACAUCUAUCAAAAGCAUCCAACAACAACACAGCAAAAGCAGCGAAGACAGCCAAGGCUCGGCUCCUCAGACUCCAACUUCCAGUUCUCCAGCACCACCAACACACAGUGGACCCCUUUCUCCCAUUCUGGAGGGCGAGAAGAAACCGCUGGAACGGAGGAAUAGUGAGAAAGUGGGUAAGGACACGCAGGACAAACCCAAACAGCGAAUGCCUAAAAAAGCAGCAUCAUCGACCAACCUGCUGACCAGAUCUCCAAGUCUAGAGGGCCGAGCUAAAGACCUCCUCUCCAGCACAGGGUCCCAGGGAUCGAGGAGAGGAACACAAGGCCAGUCAAUUAAAAUGUUCAUCCGUGGCCGGCCGAUCACUAUGUACAUUCCUUCAAACAUCCAGAACUAUGAAGAACUUAAGAUGGACCUUCCUUCUGAGAAGCUGGAGCUGGAUUGGGUCUAUGGAUAUCGUGGACGUGACUGUAGGGGGAACUUGUAUGUACUUCCAUCAGGGGAGGCUGUGUAUUUUAUCGCCUGUGUAGUGGUUCUGUACCACAUCACCAGAAGAACGCAGCGAUAUUAUCGUAAACACACGGACUGUGUGCGAUGUCUUGCAGUCCAUCCAAACAAAAAGUUCAUAGCAUCCGGACAGACGGCAGGUGUGGAUAAAGAUGGCAAGCCAUUACAGCCAUUUGUGCACAUCUGGGACUCUGCUACACUGUCAAUGUUGCAACAAGUUGGUCUGGGUACAUUCGAGCGAGGUGUCGGAUCUGUGGCCUUUUCAAGUGCGGAUUCCGGGACCUUUCUGUGUGUGAUCGAUGAUUCCAAUGAACACAUGCUGUCUGUCUGGGACUGGAACAAAAACAGCAAAAUUGUUGAACUAAAGAGCACUAAUGAAGCAGUGUUUGCGGUGGAGUUCAACCCUGCAGACACCAAUAACAUCAUCACUUGUGGGAAGUCUCAUGUUUACUUCUGGUCCCUAAAUAAUGGCACACUGACCAAGAAGCAGGGCAUCUUUGGCAAAUAUAAGAAGCCCAAGUUCAUCAUGUGUUUUGUGUUCAGUUUAACGGGGGAUGUAUUAACAGGUGAUUCCGAAGGGAAUAUCCUCACAUGGGGCAAAUCAGCCGCUGACAUCAAGACAUUGGGCAAAGGUGCAAAAGAAACGUUUCAGAUUAUGAAGCAGACACGAGCGCAUGAGGGCAGCGUCUUUACCCUGUGUGUGCUGCAGGGUGGUGCCCUGCUCAGCGGUGGUGGGAAAGACCGCAGAAUCAUCCGCUGGAGUGCAGACCUAGCACCCGAGAGGGAGUGUGAGAUUCCAGAGAAUUUUGGAGCAGUCCGUACCAUUGCAGAUGUGGAUGGAGAGGAAUUGCUUGUUGGAACGACCCGGAAUGCGAUUCUCCGAGGCACAUUCUCAGAUGGGUUUGUGGCUAUAGUGCAGGGUCAUGUCGAUGAGAUGUGGGGUCUGGCCACACACCCCUCUCAAAACAUCUUCAUCACUUGUGGAAAUGACAAACAAAUGUGUGUGUGGAAUGCUGAAGAACACAGCCUGGGCUGGUGCACCACUCUGGAGGAGUCAGGUCUAUGUGCCGAUUUCUGUCCCAAUGGAUCUGUCGUUUCUGUCGGACUCUGCACAGGAAGGUGGCUGGUGCUGGACCUGCAGACCCAUGGAAUUGUGUCUGAUUUGACCGAUGGAAACGAGCAGCUCUCUGUCAUGAGAUACUCACCAGAUGGCAGCUUUUUGGCUGUUGGUUCCCAUGACAACUUAAUUUAUAUUUACAGCGUGACAGAGGGGGGUCGGCGCUACACGCGCUUCGGAAAGUGCACGGGUCAUUCCAGUUUUAUUACACAUCUUGACUGGUCUAAAGAUGGGAAGUAUAUCAUGUCUAAUUCAGGAGACUAUGAAAUCCUUUACUGGGACGUGGCUGGGGGCUGUAAGUUGCUGCGAAAUCGCUUUGAGAGUAAGGAUCGUGAGUGGGCUUCCUAUACCUGCGUUUUGGGCUUCCAUGUCAUGGGCGUCUGGCUGGAGGGUUCAGACGGAACAGACAUCAACGCUUUGUGUCGCUCUAACAGUGAAAGGCUGGUAGCAGUGGCUGAUGAUUUCUGCAAAGUUCACUUGUUCCAGUACCCAUGCCCUAAACUGAAGGCACCCAGCCACAGGUAUGAUGGUCACGGUAGUCACGUGACGAACGUACGCUUUACUCACAAUGACAGUCACCUCCUCUCACUGGGUGGAAAGGACACAUGUAUUUUCCAAUGGCGAGUUAGCAGAGGUGGGACAGGGGACAACAAGGACCAUUCAACCUCUUCGGUUCCUCCCUUCUCCUCCUCUUCCUCUUCCUCUUCCACUGACUGUCCAGAACCAGGGAGCCAAACUGAGACCAAAGGAGACUGAAUGAACAGUGAUCAGCAAAAAGAAAAAGAUAGAAUAUAAGCUUGCACAGACUAAGUUUAAUUCAGCCUAAGUUUGACUGUUCUGAAAAUCUCAUAAAAGUCCUAGACAAUGUGUCUUGACUAGCAAGGAGUACAGAGUUUUUCCACCAGGUUUACAUGUUAUACUAUGCAAAUUCUAUCCAGAGGACCAAGACUUAUGUUUCUGUGUUAUCAUAUUACAAUGUCAGCAGAAUGUUUUUGUUGAUUAACGUGGCUUUACGUGAUCAUUGCAAUCUAAAAAAAAAAUACAAGUGUCCCGUUUAUCGUACUCAACAUAGCACAUGUUUACAUUACAGAACUCUUCCUCCUGUCAGUUUCCUUUAACACAAUAGUGUCAUUUGUGACUAUGAUUUCCUAGAUCUAUUUGUGUCUUUACACUAUUAAACAUAAAUCAUUUGUCUGUG